CAUCUACAACUAUACCAUUUUUCAUUUUCUCGUUAGUGUUUGUGCGAAUUUUGCCACAGUUGGAACGAUAAAUUUUUUUACCUUUGAAGAUAUAUUGAAAGAUCUCAAUAUGGAUAUCACUGUAAAGAUUUUGCAGGGACAGGAACUCUUUAUAAAGAUAACAUGUGAUGCAACAGUAGCCGAUCUGAAAAGUAAAGUUUCUGAGCAAAUAGGUGUCGCUCCAGAUCAACAGAGAGUUGUAUUCAAAGGGAAGGCACUACCAGAUCAUUCAAAAUUAAGAGACUGUGAAGUUGUCUCCGGGAGUAAAUUAUUUCUCACUAUCAAGAAAACCGCUACCAUAACCCCUCCAGAUGCAAAACUUACUCAAAAACCUACAAGUACAAGUACGUCCGCAUUAUGGGAAGAAAUGCUGAAAUUCCUAAAAAGACACUUCACAGAAACUGAUGCGAAAAAGGUUUUAGAGAAAAUGAAAGAGCACCAUCAUGGAAGAUUGAACAGCCUGAGUUUAGAUGACAUUGAGAGACUUGCACACAUGAAUCUGGAAGCUAGGAAACAGAAUAGCCGGUGAUACUUGUUGAUAUUAGCAUAUAGAACUGCAAGGAAACAGACUAUACUAUGAUACUUAUGACAUUGGCAAACAGGACUGUGUUAUAAAGAGUUGUCACCAGCACACCCAAGUUUUAAAUUUUUCAUUCAGGAACAUGAAAUACCGGUAUGCAAACUGGAGUAUGAAUUAUGACUGAUUGACCCAUGAUGGAUGUUUUGUGUCCUGGUGUUUGAUUGUUAUUCUCUGCAAGUUGUGGAGUUGGAUCAUUCAUUGGCACUUAAUCAGAUUGAUAAAUGACUAUGAUACAUCUAUUUCAUUGACUUGUAAAUGUUGGAUUUACGUUUGCUGAGUGCAUUGUAUGUCAGAAGUUGGCAAUUACUCAUCUACAUGUACUAAUAAUUGUUCAAUUGUAAUUGUAAUAAUUGUAGCUUUUUAGCUCACCUCUUAGCAGAGGUGAGCUUAUCCCAUACCAUGGCGUCCGUCGUCCGUCGUCCGUCGUCGUCGUCGUCGUCGUCGUCGUCGUCGUCCGUCGUCCGUUAGCAGGGCACGUUUCGUAACUGUUAGAGCUAUUGAGUUGAAACUUGGUACACAUGUACCCUUAUGUAAUGACACCUUGGAGACCAAGUUUCGGUCCGAUUCGUUUCAUGGUUUGGCCACCAGGGGGCCAAACGUUAAAAGUGAAAAUAUGCAAUAUCUCCCUUAAUAGUAGUCGGGAAAUUUUGAAAAAAAUAUGGUAGGUACUUCUAGCAAAGGUGCAUCAUAUAUCCUCCGGGUUUUUGAUUUGACCUCCUUUUCAAGGUCACAGAGGUCAAAUGGUGUAAAUUGGCCGUUAGGAUGUAACGAUGGCACGUUUCUAAACUGCAAUGACUAUUGAUACCAAAUUUGGUACACAUUUACCCCUUAGUCAGGUGAUCUCAGGGACCGAAGUUUGGUCCAAUAUGAUUCACCACUUGACCACCAGGGGGCAAAAUCCAAAAACCUUAAAAAUGUGAUUAUUCCUUAACUUCUUGCCCGAUUGCCACCAAUUUGAUAUCAUGGGUACAUCUAACCACCAUACAGUAUAUGUCACACAGGUUUUUAAUUUGACCUUCUUGUCAAGGUCACAGAGGUCAAAUGGCGUAAAUUCGCCGUCAGGCCGUAACUAUGGCACGUUUCUUAACUGCAAUGACUAUUGAUCACAAAUUAAGUACACAUGUACCCCUUGGUCAGGUGAUCUUAGGUACCGAAGUUUGGUGCGAUCUGAUUUGCCGUUUGGCCUCAAGGGAGGGGGCCAAAUCCUAAAUUCUUCAAAAUGCCAUUAUUCCUAGUAAUGACUUGCCCGAUUGGCACCAAUUUUAUAUCAUAGGUACAUCUAAUU